UCUCUCCUUCUCCUGCUCCAGUCUGACAGUCACUGCUUGGUGCUCAAAUCCCAAAUUGCAAACCCUAAAUCGCCCAACCUCUCUCUCUCUCUCUCUCUCUCCCCCAUUUCCGAUGGCCUCCAAGAUCCCCGACGAGCCUUGCACCUCCGAGACCGACCCGGAGACACUCGCGAUGCGAAUUAAGAGGAAGCGCUCCCGGCGCGUGAGCUUCGCCGACACCGAGAUCACUUCCGUCCACAUAUUCAAACGCGACGACGACGAGGAGUCCGACAACGCUCCCGACUCCGAAUCCCAGUCUAGCUCCAUAACCGGCUCCGCUGAGCCGGAGAAGGGCGGCGCGGUAGGGUUUUUCAAGGACGUCGGCGGCGAAAGCGACGAUUUCAAGUCCGAUGAAGAGGACGACGACGACGGGAGUAAGUUGUCGUUUCUGAGACCGAUUGGUUCGCCUUCUCCGAUGAGUAGUGCUCCUGGCUCUGCUUCCUCCAACAUUGAAGAUGAUUUCUUUGGUCCUGUAUCGUCGGAUUUCAUUAGACCUGGACUCUGUGAUUCUGCCGCAUCAGAUGACUUUCAUGAAACUACUAUGGACACUACUGCAUUUUCAUUGCAUUACCGUAGUAUUGCAAGGUCAGAAUCUGGAGCAUUGAAGACUCCGACGUCUUUUCGCCUUCCCUUUGAAGAGCAGACACCGACCCAAAGUCCCAGUGAUUCAGGAAGCCUUAUGUCUCUAGAGAAACCAAAGAAUCUAACUCCUCGAUCUUUGGUAUCUGUUGAUAAGGCAAGAGGCGAGGAAGAUUCAAAUGAUAUGAGUAUUAUAGAAGAAAACCCACAUAAGUAUGAUUAUGGAAAAUUAUCUGCCACAUUAGAUGCAAUUCUGGCAGAAGGUAGCAAGGAUCUCCAUGACUCUGUUCCGGCCUCUAUUAGUAUAAUGCCAUCUAAGGGUCCUGAGGUUGCUGUAGUGGAAAAUAGUGGAAUCGCCCACAUGGAUCUAAGAAAUGGCAGGAGUACUGAAAUGGGUAAUAUUAGCAGUCAUGAAAUGUCCACUGACCCAGAAUCGACUUCUCAUAUUAAAUUAGGUGAAACAAAUGGUCUGAUUGCUUCUGAUGUCUCGUCUAACAGAAGUUAUCAUCCAUCUGCUGCUGACUCCAUUGACGACCAAAUCCAGACUCCAAAUCAGUUAAUCAAGAUCAGUAACGAACUCACUGAAGAUAAAUUUCAAAAGGGUGUCAAAAGUUUGGAGGUACCUGCUGUGAAUGGCGACCUCCUUGCAAAUCUCAAUAGCACAGCAACUAAAUCUCUUCAGUUUGAUGCGUUUCUGCUGCAUAAUCCUGUUUCUCAACAUUCAGACCCGGGAUUGGGAAAAGAAAAUUCUCCUAUGGUCAGAAGAUAUGCUUCUGAUAUCGAUCCUCAUUCUGAUAAGGAGGGGUCCAUAUUAAUGUUAUCUGCUAGAGAGCAUCAGUCAAUUAUCAAUACUCCCAAGUUAGCAAGACAUUCAGGGACAAAGACUCCAUCCUCAAAACAUGAAGAGUGGUAUCCAUCAAUUCAGAAAAGUAUUUCCCGUUUUAGAAUUCCAGACCCUUCUCCGCGUGCUUCUAGUCUCAAAGAUAACAUCGAGAAAUUAAAAUGUAGAUUGUCAAGUUACCCAUCCCCAAAUGCUCCUUUAAGUACUGUUUUGGCUGGCAUUAGCAAAGAUCUCCAAUGUGAUUUUAACAAAUCUCCUACUUUUUUGGAGAAGCAAGCAGGUGAUCUGGAGAAGAGAGGACAUAUGAGCUUGGUUAACACAGGUACAAAUGUCAAUGGGAACCCAGUUAAAAUUAAUAUGUUGGGGAAGGAUGAAAACUCCUCCGACACUGCAAACAAAGCAUCUGUGCGUGACUUGUUCACGGACACUCUUUUAAAGGAUAAAUUAGAUAGACCAGUUGAAGAAGUGACUCCACUGUCUCAGUUGUCAGUAUCUGGAAGUAAAAGGACUCAGCAUCUCUUGAUCUCAGAUAAUACCGUAAAAGGAACAAAGGUUUCUUCUGAUACUGAUUGCAUUUUAGCAGAUGAGCGAGAAGAGAUUCUUCCCCAUGUGCAACUUCAAUCAGAAAAUAACUUCCAGACUCCUUUAAGUGGUGCAGGCAUGCUGAACAUUCAAUUGCAAAGUCCAGAUAAAAGAUUUCAACCUGGACCAGAACCCCAGACAAAACCUUAUGUUCGCAGAAGUAUGACUGGACUGUCCCUUCAGAGUCCUAAAGACUUAGCUUUGAACAACUCCAUGGAAGGGCCAUCUCAGAGUCCACCCAGGAAAAAGCAAAGUUCAAGUCCUCCCUUGAGAAAUACCCAUCAGAGUCCCAUCAGGAAAGAGUCAAGCCAGAGUCCCUACAAGAAAGACACAGCUACGAGUCCUUCCAGGAAAAAGCCUAGUGGGAGUCCUGGGAAAGAGCCAAUUGGUGACAGUGUUAAAGAGCCAAAUCAUAGUCUCUUUUCGAAGGAGCUAACACUGAGCCCCUUCAGGCCAUCUUAUGCAGAACACUUUGAUAGCAGGCGACCAGUUGAGAAAGACAUGGUAUCAUCAGAGUUACAUCUAAUCAAUCAUCCUAAUGAGGAUUGUUAUCAGGGACUUAUUUCACAGAGUCCUCUUACCAAACAAGAUGCAGAGAAUUCUUUUGGACGUAAACGAAGAAACCUAGAAAUAAACAGCGAGGCUGAAGCCUGUACAGAUAAGGUCCCCAGCAGCCAGAGAAGUUUCAAAGUUCAUAGAAGUGAGAACUAUGAUCCCCAGUUAAUGUUGGGUAGUUCAACUGCACUUCACAAUGACAGAGGGAAGUAUCGUGGUGAAUCGGGUGAUAUGAUACGGCAGAGCUGGACUGAUAUUCUAGUCAAAUUCUCAGGAGAUUCAGAACAAUUGCUUUCUCCAUUGACAAGCAACCUAAAUUUAAAAGCGAUUGGGGUGCUGGAAGAUAUAUUGAUACAUCUAGGGAAGGCUAAAAAGUAUGAGAUGCUUUAUGCUGAAAUCCAAUCUCAGAAGGUCAACUGCAUCAGUGCUGCGCAUAAAAGGGUAGCUGAAGCAAGGUUGCUUCUUUAUAAAUUAGCUUAUGAAAAGGCUAAGUUGCAGUUAAUGCGGUUGAAGCGCCAGAAAUUACAGAGUACGGCACAGCUCUUACGCUCUGCAGUUCAGGACUCUAAUAUGCUGAAGUUGAACUUCACCCAGUGUCAGUCUGAAGCUGGUAAACAAGAGACUCUUGUUGACGAGAGACGGUCAUGUUUAGUUAAUCAUGUUGGAGAGGCUCCCCAGGAUGAUGUGAGCGCAAUGAGACAUGAGUCUAAAGCUUUAGAUGGAGAAAUAAAGAGUUUAAGCAAUUUCUUUCACUCUCGUAUGAAGUUGAAAGGGGAACCAAGUUAUGGUGACACUUUAUCACUAGUUCAUGAUCAUCUGAAGACAAGGACAUUCUGCAGGUUACUACGUCGGGAGUUGCAGUUAUGGGAUGUUAGUGAAUUUGAGAUUAAUAAUGGUCAUUACAACAUUCUUCUCAGCUAUCAUGGUUACAUCAGCCAAAGGUUUAGUGUAAAUGUGGGUCCAACGUUACGCGUAGUCAUCUCAAAAAAGUUGGACAAUGUGAAGAUCAUGAAGGCCUUCCCGAACAUAUAUGCCCUAGUUGCGUUUGAUUUUGUGCUAGAUGCUGAGGCUACUAAGGAAAUUUUCGGUGCAAGCUGUAUGGCGCAAGAAACACAAGUUACACGUUCACAGCUAAGUAAUUUGCUGGACGUGGCUGAGGAAGUGCAGCUGGCUCGAUUUGAGAUUGUAAAUUUGAUCCAGACAAGCUUUCAUACUGCAUCUGAUGAUCAGCUUGAUCUGCAGCUUUGUUUCCUUAAUUGUAAGAGCAGUAGAAAGAUCGCACUGUCUCUCGAUAUGACAUGUUUGAAGAGGGGGAUUUAUCCGUCAGAUAUUAUUCCAUAUCAGGUACAGGCUUUUGAAUCUGCAGCGCAAGUGUUACUUCCACAGUCACUCUUAACUGAAAUAAGAGCUGCAGCUGAGGGUCUUGAAUCUGGAUACUCAAGAAUUAUGAGGCUCUGUAAAUGUAUUUCCGAGGUGGUACAAUCUUCAUAGUUCACACCCAGGAUUUUUUCUGGUUUCUUUUUUGGCCAGUUUUGUCACCCAUGAUUUCCGUAGAGGGUGCCAAAGGUGGCACCAACAAGUCGUCGGACUUUUUUCAAUCGCUUUCCCGGCCAUCCUUUUCUCUUUCGGUUGUGAGGUGACCUACUUGCUCUCGUAUAUUUAGCUGAAGAUAUUUUUAUAACCCGGUAGCUGAGUCCUGUCUGUAGUUAGUUCAAUCGCCUAAGCUACGUAUUAGAAUUUCAACCUGGUUCACUCGAUGCGAGAUCUACCGAAUUGUGAUAUUCCCCUCUUUGUUGUAAGUUGUCCAAAUCAUGAGUGGCUAUUCAAUAUUUUUAUUUAUUUUUGUUCUUGUCUGCCAUAAGGUUAAUAUUAACAGUGCAAAUUAUUAUCA